AUGGAGGCGUACGCUGCCGGAGCCAAGUUCGACUGCUUGCUGUUUGACAUGGAUGACACUCUGUACCCGCUGAGCCUUGGCAUCAACGUAGCAUGCCGCAAGAACAUACAGGAGUACAUGCUGAACAAGCUGCGGAUCGAGGAGAGCCAGGUUCCCAAGAUGUGCCUGGACCUGUACAGGGAGUAUGGAACUACAAUGGCCGGCCUCAAGCUUCUGUUUCAUAUGAUCUGGAUCAUCAUGUGUUAUGCUAGGUUUUGGGGGUACGAUUUCGACUACGACGACUUCCACGCCUGCGUCCAUGGGACGCUGCCGUACGACGGUGCUCAGGCAGCUGCUGCUUUCCCUGCCGCAGAGGAAGAUCGUGAGCCCUUUUUCCCGGACUCUGAUUCCCAAAUUACUAAUUCCUCUUUGCUCAUGUCUGAAACUAACUGCUGCUCCUGGCCCGGCCGUCUGCAGAUAUUCAACAACUCUGACAAGGCCCAUGCGGCAAGAGUCCUGGAGAAGCUCGGCCUCGAGGACUGCUUCGAAGGGAUCAUCUGCUUCGAGACCCUCAACCCGCCGCUGACCGAGAAGAAGGAUGGCAGGGGAAUCCUGUGCAAGCCCUCGCUGGAGUCCAUGGAAGCCGUCAUCGACAUCGCCAGGCUCGACGCCAAGAGAACGGUUAAAGGGCCUACAUGGACUCGCUCCGGGCUACAGCCCGGAAAGCCCGGGCCCUGGAUCCGCCCGGACAGCGCGCGCAACAUCGCCGCCGGGAAGGCCGCCGGUUUCCACACCGUCAUCGUGGGGAUCUCGGCGCUGGUGCCAGGGGCGGACGUGGCGCUGGAGAGCAUCCACAACAUCAAGGAGGCGCUCCCGGAGCUCUGGGAGGCCGCCGGCGAUCACGUCGAGGCCGUCCUCCGGUCCGCCGCCGUGGAGACCACAGUGAUUGCCUGA